AUCAGCUAUUACAUUUGAAUGCGUCUAAUGCGGCGAUACCUAAUGCAUUUCCUAUGACAAUUACUGUCACAGAUCCAUUGAAAGAAUUUGAUGGAACUAAGGAUGCUUUCAUUUCUUAUUUAAUAACGACAAAGACGACCUUGGAUACCUUUACAUCACCUACUGUGAAUGUUCGAAGAAGAUUUCAGGAUUUCGUGUGGUUACAUAGUUCCCUUUCACGGGACUUUGCCGCGUGUGUAGUGCCACCUUUGCCUGAUAGACAUCGAAUGGAAUAUAUAACUGGUGAUCGGUUUGGCCCAGAGUUUGUAGAAAAGCGACGAGCAAGUCUUCAAAGGUUCUUGGCAAGAUUAAGCCGCCAUCCUACUUUGCAAAAGAGUGAAUACUUCAGAAUAUUUUUGGAAUCAAGAGAAUGGAAUAAAGAAUCUUCUUUAUAUAGACAAAGGAAACCAGGAGAUGGGGUUUUUGAAAAUUUGGGAGAUGCUUUACUCAAUGCAUUUUCUAAACUUAAAAAACCAGAUGAAAAAUUUGUUGAAAUUAAAGAAAGUGUUGACAAGCUUGAAGAAAAUCUGCAAACAAUUGAUAGACUAUAUCAAAGGAUUAUCAAAAGGCAGACUGAUUUAGAGGCAGAUUAUAGAGAAUUCGGUUCAAGUAUAGCAGGAUUAGGUCAAUUAGAAACUGGAAUUACUUUACCUCUUGAACAGUUCGGUGAAACGGUUUCAAAAUUUGCUGACUCGUGGAAACGGAUGGUUUGCCAUUCUUUGAUGGCUACAAGACGUGCAAUCGCGGAACACAUGCCGAGAAGAAAAUGGUUAUUCAGCCCAAAUCCGCGACUAUCUAUCCUAUUGCCAUUGUGUCAAGCUAUCAAUUUAAAUAGUCAUUCUCAUUCACAGAAUGUUUUAAAGUUGCGAGACCAAAAGCAAGUUGAUUUUGAAGAUCUUUCGGAAUACUUGCAAAACGCUAUUAUGGAACGUGACAAUCUUAUCAACACUGGCAAAUCAUCUACCGGUAUAUCUUCCUUUUUACGUGAAACAGUUGAUAAUAUCAAAGGUGUAGAUCAAGAGCAAGCGAAAAGAGAACGCUUGCAGAAGCUUGAUGCAAAAAUUGCAGAGCUCAAGAAAGAAGUUGAGAAUAGCAAUGAUGUUUCUGAUCAAUUUUCCUUAGAAGUUGCUAAAGAAUACGAGAUAUUUCAAAUCGCUAAGAAUAUUGAGAUGAAGGAUUGUUUACUUGCAUAUGCUGACAGCCACGUCGAAUUUUAUCGUCAGGGCGUUGAAUUAUGGGAAGAAAUUAUUCCCGUUUUGGAAGAUAUUAAGUUUCAAGCAUGA